AAUUGCUCGCCCUCUUCCUCUUUCCCCCGCAACAAUUUCGUGAUUCCAACGCGAAAAUCAAAAGAUUUCCACAAAAAUGGUCGAACUAACGCCCGAGGAGAAGAAGACGCUGAUCACGCGCAACCUGCAGGAGACGCUCGGCGAGGACAAGCUGAACAAGGUGCUGAAGGAGCGCGACCUGAAGAUCUACUGGGGCACGGCGACGACGGGAAAGCCACAUGUCGCCUACUUUGUGCCCAUGUCGAAGAUUGCUGAUUUCCUGAAGGCCGGCUGCGAGGUGACCAUCCUGUUUGCGGAUCUGCAUGCCUAUCUGGACAACAUGAAGGCGCCGUGGUCGCUGCUGGAGCUGCGCACCCAGUACUACGAGCAGGUGAUCAAGGCCAUGCUGAGCUCCAUCGGAGUGCCGCUGGAGAAGCUGAAGUUCGUCAAGGGCAGCGACUACCAGCUGUCCAAAGAGUAUACUCUGGACGUGUACAAGCUAUCGUCGGUGGUGACGCAGCACGAUGCCAGGAAGGCGGGCGCAGAGGUCGUUAAGCAGGUGGAAUAUCCGCUGCUCUCGGGUCUGCUCUACCCAGGACUGCAGGCACUGGACGAGGAGUACCUCAAGGUGGACGCACAGUUCGGUGGCGUCGAUCAGCGCAAGAUCUUCACCUUCUCCGAGAAGUAUCUGCCCCAAUUGGGCUACGAGAAGCGCAUCCAUUUCAUGAAUCCCAUGGUUCCUGGCCUCGCUGGCGGCAAAAUGUCUUCUUCCGAGGAGGACUCCAAAAUCGAUCUUUUGGACUCGCCCGCCAACGUGAAGAAGAAGCUGAAGAAGGCAUUCUGUGAGCCCGGCAACAUCGCCGACAAUGGCCUCCUCUCGUUCGUGAAGCACGUGCUCUUCUCCCUCUUCAAGGAGGGCGAGGGCUUCGAGGUGUGCCGCGAGGCGGAGCAUGGAGGCAACGUCACCUUCCUGAAGUACGAGGAUCUGGAGAAAUACUAUGCCGAGGACAAACUGCAUCCCGGAGACCUGAAGGCCACCGUCGAGAAGUACAUCAAUCGGCUGCUGGAUCCCAUUCGGAAGAUCUUUGAGACGCCAGCGCUGCAAAAACUCAGUGCCGCUGCCUAUCCGCCACCGGCCAAGGUCAAGGCUGCAGCAGCUCCGGCUGCGGGCGCUGAUGAGGAUGCGCCCCAUCGUCUGGACAUUCGCGUGGGCAAGGUCAUCGAGGUGGCCCGUCACCCGGAUGCGGAUACGCUCUAUGUCCUAAAGAUCGAUCUGGCUGAGGCGCAGCCCAGGACCAUCAUCAGUGGCCUGGUCAAGUUUGUCACCGAACAGGAGCUGGACCAGCGCCUGGUGGCGGUGCUGUGCAACCUGAAGCCCUCCAAGAUGCGCGGCAUACUCUCCGAGGGCAUGGUUCUGUGCACCUCCAACGCUGAUCACACGGUUGUGGAGCCCAUUGUGGUGCCUGAGAAGGCUGCUGCCGGCAGUCGGCUGGCCUUCGAGGGCUACAGCGGCACGCCCGAUGAGCAGCUCAACCCCAAGAAGAAGGUGUGGGAGAAGCUGUCCGUGGAUUUGAAGACCAACGGCGACGGCCUGGCCGUGUGGAAGGACAACUUCCUGCUGACGCCCGAGGGCGAGAAGCUCUCCAGCAAACUGGCCAACUGCGCCAUUAAGUAGCGUCCCAAAUGCCACACUACCUGAGCCGUGUAAUACUUACAACUAAGCCGAAUGUUUCACACAAAACCAGCUUUUAAUUUAUUAAUUCCCAUUAAAGCAAUUUGCAUUUUUUAAAUAAAGCGCCCAAAAGUCA